AGCUUCAGCAGUGGCGUCGUGCCGUACCUCGGCACCUACCUGACGGUCCUCACCAUGCUGGAUACAGCGCUGGCUGACACUGUGGAGGGUGGACUCAUCAACUUUGAGAAGCGCAGACGGGAGUUUGAGAUUCUCUCUCAGAUUCGGCAGCUUCAGGCUUCGUGCUCCCACUAUAACCUCCCAGUAAACCCUCAUAUGACCGCCUGGCUGCAGGCGCACACACUGCUCACAGACCAGGAGAGCUAUGAGCUGUCUCGUGAGCUCGAGCCUCCAGUUGACCCGUGUCCAAGCUCCCCCAACACGUGGAGCAGCCGUCUGCUCACUAAGAAACUUUCCUCGUAAGUCUGGAAAACCCCCUCUUUCCUGUAAAAUAUAACCACAGCUGCCCUGUUGUGAAAUUGUCUCCUGCAACUGUGUUAUUUAUUGAAAAUUUCAGGGCAUGCUCAGUGUCUUAGUUUAAAU